AUGGUUUGCAAAAAUUGUUUUUAUUUGUCAAAUGCCCGCCCUGACAACUGGUUCUGCUAUCCUUGCAUACCUAAUCAUGAGCUGGUUUGGGCCAAAAUGAAAGGCUUUGGGUUUUGGCCAGCUAAAGUCAUGCAGAAAGAGGACAAUCAGGUUGACGUUCGUUUCUUUGGUCACCAUCACCAGAGGGCAUGGAUUCCUUCUGAAAAUAUCCAAGAUAUCACAGUUAAUAUCCAUCGGUUGCAUGUGAAGCGCAGUAUGGGCUGGAAAAAGGCCUGUGAUGAGCUGGAACUGCACCAGCGUUUCCUUCGGGAAGGAAGAUUUUGGAAAUCUAAGAAUGAAGACCGGGGUGAGGAGGAGGUAGAGUCCAGCAUCUCCUCUACCAGCAAUGAGCAGCUGAAGGUCACUCAGGAACCCAGAGCAAAGAAAGGACGACGGAAUCAAAGUGUGGAGCCCAAAAAGGAAGAGCCAGAACCUGAAACUGAAGUUGUAAGUUCCAGCCAGGAAAUCCCCACAAUGCCUCAGCCGAUUGAAAAGGUUUCCGUGUCAACCCAGACCAAGAAGUUAAGUGCCUCUUCUCCAAGAAUGCUGCAUCGGAGCACCCAGACCUCCAAUGACGGAGUGUGUCGGAACAUGUGCCAUGACAAACACACCAAAGUCUUCAAUGACUUCAAAGACAGAAUGAAGUCUGAUCACAAGCGGGAGACCGAACGCGUUGUGAGAGAAGCACUGGAGAAGCUGCGUACAGAGAUGGAGGAAGAAAAAAGGCAGGCUGUAAAUAAAGCUGUGGCCAACAUGCAGGGAGAGAUGGACAAAAAAUGUAAGCAGGUAAAGGAAAAGUGUAAAGAAGAAUUUGUAGAAGAAAUUAGGAAGCUAGCGGCCCAGCACAAGCAACUGAUUUCCCAGACUAAGAAGAAGCAGUGGUGCUACAACUGUGAAGAGGAAGCCAUGUACCACUGCUGCUGGAACACAUCCUACUGCUCCAUCAAGUGUCAGCAGGAGCACUGGCAUGCGGAACACAAACGCACCUGUCGCAGAAAAAGAUGAAAGAUGCAUUCCUCCUCCUCCUCUUUCUCCUCCUCCUCCUCUAGAGAAUCACCCCGAUGAUUGCUAUUCUCAGACACAG